UGAAAUGCGAAUGAAUCGUGAAUUCGUGAUACAAGAAAUAUCACUGAAAAAUAAUAUUUUUUUAUUGAAGCAUAGAAAAUGAGUCAAGGAACCUGUUUGCUAUGUUUUUCUGUUACAAGAGUAUUAGAUAUUAAAAACACUGGUUUGCAAAAUGUGUACGAAAUAUUAUCCGACAGUCAGCUACAAGCUGAGUCGCAUCCACUGUGCUGCAUUUGCGUUACAAAGCUUCGGCAAUGCCAACUCCUACUGAAACAAAUCACUAAAGAAAACAGUGAACAUCGGUCUGAUAUUAACCCUUUGGUGAGCCUAAGUUGCAAAACUCAAGUGUGGUCGUUACCUCCUAAUUUUAUAGAGAUAGAACUGACUCCAUUAAUCACAGAUAUAGAGAUCAAGAGAGAGUAUAUAGAUGAGGACUAUGACGAGAGCCCAGAUUGUUAUGAAGAUAGUAAUGUUGUGGAAACAGAAAAUGUAACCACAGAACCGACACCAAACAACCCUUUUGCUUGUGACGCUUGUAGCAAACACGGUAAACCUUACUCCUGUGACCGCUGCAGUAAGAAGUUCGGUGAACCGAGUACCCUGAAAAAUCAUAAAAUAAAACACAAUAUAGAAGCCAAGACCUACAUAUGUGAUAUCUGCCACAAAACAUACAUGCAUCAGAGCUCACUAAAAAAACACAAACGGUUACACACAGGUGACAAACCGUAUUCCUGUGGGGUUUGCAAUAAAAAAUUUAGGGCACGCGGUUCGCUAGCUUCUCACAUACUUAUACACAGCGGUGAUAAACCGUUCGUCUGCGAUAUUUGCAAUAAAAGGUUUAGGCAGAUGAGUAAUUUGAAUCGGCACAAGCGAAGUCAUUUUGGAGUGAAACCGCACAGAUGUGAUGUGUGUGAUAAGAGUUUCACCGACACCAGUACAUUGAAGGUCCACAAAAGACUACAUACAGGUGACAAACCGUACAGUUGUGAUGUGUGCAGCAAAGCGUUUACUCAGAUGGGCAGUUUAACGUCGCAUAAACUAACGCACACGGGCGAGAAAUCUUUCAGUUGUGACAUUUGUGGCAAAAGAUUCACCCACAGCAGUACAUGUACAAGACACAAACUGAUCCAUGCUCGGGAGGAACAGAAAUAUGCGAGUGAAGUUGAUAGUUAGUAGUCACUGGAACAUUGAAAUGCCAAAUGUUGUGCCCCUAAAAUCUUACCUACUAUAGACGACCGUGGCUCAGUUGGUGAGCACGUUCCCGUCCCGUCCGUUCAUCCAUCCCGUCGACGGAUGAAAAUAAUAUGGGCGAAAAUCGAAAUACUUUAUACGGCAAAACAACAUUUGCCGCGACAGCUAGUGUAUAAGUAUUAAGGAGCAAAAUGAAACUGCUCCUGCUCAAAAUACCGGUUAGAACCGUUCGCGAUUAUGUUCGCCCCGCCGACUCACAUACACCACGACCCUCAGCCUUUGUCUACACAUUCAAAACAAAUAAACAAGAACUUAUGGCCUGUUGGCUAUUAGAUGUGCUCCAGAAAGGGAUAGAAGAUAUCACUGCACUAGUUACUUUCCGCGAGGAAUUAACCAGGUUAAUUUCAGAAGCAAUACCGCUCGCAUUUCGGUUUCGCUCAAACCGCUUAAAGAGCUCUUUAACCUGGUGAAAAAAUACCGGUUCCAAGCCCUGCCCGUAACACAAGUCCUUCAGGUACUUAUAAACUAACGUGUUGUGAUCUUGUGAAGCGUCCAUAUUAUUAUUAUUAUACAUGCUAAUAAAAUAUUCACACAAUUCAAGGACCUAGAAAGAUUGGCAACAUUUGUCGCUUUGGCAACAUUUUAAAGUAAAACAACUUCAGAGAGCUGGAAUACUCAAUAUAGGAAAAAACUGCGUCAUCAAGGGGGACUCCUUUACUCUGUAUUCCCAAAAAACGCCAUCAAGCGACUUAAAGAUUCAAGCAGACGUACCACUUUACGAAAUUCCUACAAUUAACAAGGUUUUUGAUUUAUCCAUUCCGAACAAAGAAGACGUAGAAUUAGAGUACAAGUCAAACGACAAACUUAUAACACACAUACAUGGAAGCAUUCGAUAGAGCAGAUGAAAUCCGACGGUGUCUUCGUGAAUUAAUUAUCCUAUCAUGAAAUCCAUCACUACGUCGGUAUUUAUGUGGUCGCUGCUAUAUUAGUCGUGAUAGCAGCAUUAUCCAUACUACACUACUUGAAACGUCGGCGUGACGGCGCGUUGAUCGCGCCUCCCCCUCUGCACCUCGCGCGGGAAGCUGCACGGAGCAGGCAGCCGACACCGCCCCUACAAUCAUCCAGCGAGCCACAGCCGUGUGGGUCUCGCGCUCCCGAGCAACGGCAUUCAUCUCAUCAGCAUCACCAAGGAACUAAGCGGAAUACAACAAGCCUGAAUUUGAUCGCAUUUAAUUUCAUUUCAUUUAAAUCUGAUCUCACUUAAUUUAAUUUUUCUAAAUGUUUUUUUAAUCUUCAUCUCGCGACCGGGAAUAUGUACGAUGCAAGCAUCGCACUUUCCUAGGUCAGCAUAAUAAAUACCAAUUUAGUAAAUAUCUUAAUUUAACGAUUUUGUAAUGUUUUAAUUUUAUGCUAAACUCAUCAUUUACUUUGUAAAUAAAAUGUGUCUGCGAUAAUACGCUAUUAAUUCUUAUUUCUCUUAUAUCACAGUACCU